AUGGUCGUCAAGACGGACAAGUGCGCGUUCAGCGAAUUCAACAUCUUCCCCGGCCAUGGGAUGAAAUUCGUCAAGCGCGACGGCACGCCGCUCAUGGUCAUCAGCCGCAAGGCCAAGUCGCUCAUGAUGCAGCGCAAGAAGCCCGCGAAGCUGACGUGGACGCAGCGGUGGCGCAUCAUGAACAAGAAGGGCCUCGCCGAGGGCGGCGUGCGGAAGCGCACGCGCCGCGUCGUCAAGGUGCAGCGCGCGAUCGUCGGCACGUCGGCGGACGACAUCAAGAAGCUCCGGACGCAGAAGCCCGAGCUCCGCAGCGCGCAGCGCGAGGCGGCGCUCCGCGAGACGAAGGAGCGCAACAAGGCCAAGAAGGCCGAGAAGAUCAAGAACAAGGCC